AUGACGGACAAGCUUCCCCGCGAGCUUUUGAGCCUCUUCGCGCCGCGCCCGCCCCUGCGAUGGGUGCCGCCUAUCGACGCCGCGCCUGAGCUGCGCAAGACGACCCCAAUCACAGGUCUGGCCCAGUUUCUACCGGCAAUUGCCCAGUAUGAGCAGGAAUACGAGUACCGCCCGACAGAGAGCUGGCUCGAGAAGCGCGAUCGUUUGAAGCUCGAGAAGGAGCGCGCUCUCGAGAAGCUGGCCAAGGAGGGCCCGACUGACUACAACCCGCAUGAGGACCCCAACAUUCGUGGAGAUGCUUUCAAGACUUUGAUUGUGGCGCGCCUUGACUACACAGUUGAUGAGCGUGAUCUGGAGCGCGAGUUUGGCCGUUUUGGUCCCAUUGAGCGCAUUCGCAUCAUCAAGGACACUCAUGCCGACGAGAAGGGAAACAAGAAGCGUAAACCCCACCGCGGCUAUGCCUUCGUCGUGUUUGAGCGCGAGAAGGAUAUGAGAGCUGCUUUGGACAAUUGUAACGACAUGCGCAUCAAAGAUCGUCGCAUCAAGGUUGACGUUGAGAGAGGCCGAACCGUCAAAGGCUGGAAGCCUCGCCGCUUUGGCGGCGGACUUGGCGGAAUAGGCUAUACCAAGGCCGUCGCACCAUCUCGACCUGUUGGUCCAGGUGGCUUCGGCGGAGGCUUCCGCGGCGGCUUCGGUGGCGACCGUGGCGGCUUCAGAGGACGGGACCGCGGAUUCCGUGGUGGGGGUGGCGGUUUUGCUAGUGACCGUGGUUUCCCCCGCGGCGGCGGCUUUGGCGGUGGCCGUGGUGGCGACCGUUUUGGUGACCGCGGUGACCGCGUCUACGGUGGCGCCCCCAACGGACACACUUCUGGACCUCCCAAUGCUCCCAACGGUCCUGGCGGCUUUGGCGGCGGCCGUGACUUUGGCGGCGGUGCCCGCGACUUUGGCAACCGUGAUGACCGACGUGACGGUGGAAGUCGAGGUGGCGGUGGGUAUGGUGGCCGUGACGCCGGUGCUCGCUCAUAUGAUGAUAGAGCGGCGAAUCCCUUCCGCGGCGGAGCCGAACGCAAUGCUCGGCAAACCGGCAGCAAUAUGGAGCCCAUUCGGCCUCGUGAGAAUUUCCGCGAUCGAGACGGUCCUCGGGAUUCCGGCCCUCGUGAUGGCAGCUCUCGUGAUGGUGGUGGAUAUCACGGAAGCCGCGACUACGACCGACCCAGAGAAGACGACUCGCGCAAGCGCGGCUACGAUGGCGGCUACGAAGACCCUAGAAAGCUGCGACGAUACUAG